AUGGGCGCCUCAGAGAGUCGACCUGAAGGCGACGGAAAUGAGAAAAUGGAGGGUCAAAUGAUUACGCUCAACGUGUGGAACUCCAAACGACAAGAGUAUCGCGAUGUCAAUCUCGUCCCUUCUCGUGCAUGGGCUGAAACACAUACCUCAUCACAAGAUCAACCCUCUCUACUUGGCUUGACACUUCGUCUCUGCAACCCAUUAGAUACCAUUAGCCAUGUUUGGCACGUCCUUGAUGUGGUGGAGGGAUCUCCGGCGGACUCGGCUGGUUUGGUCCCCUAUGGUGAUUAUAUCUUGGGAUGGACUGGUGGUCCCUUGCAGAAAGAGCAUGAUUUCUUUCAGCUAGUGGAGCAAUACGCUAACCAUAAUUUGGCCUUGUAUGUGUACAACAGCGAUUACGAUCACACGCGCGAAGUGGUCAUAAUGCCGAAUCGAGACUGGGGAGGUGAAGGCCUUCUUGGCUGCGGCAUAGGGUUUGGAUUGCUACGUAAAUCGUAUUCCUAA